ACAACCAUAUUAACGAGCAGUAUUUAUUAAGAGCGGUCUCUCUCCUACCGUCACAGUUUUACGGUCCGUUUAGUAAACACUCCGUUGCUUGAGGGAGGGAUUAUAGACAUUUCAUUUUGGACAGCCGGCUGGACGGCUCUUCUUCUGGAAACAUUUUCAUUCGCCCACAAAUCCCGUCCGGUGUUGUUACCGUCCCAACAGAACGAGGAAAGAAAGGCAUAUGGCCAUAGGUUAAGUCGUCGGUUCGGGUUUGCUUCGAAAUAAUCAGACCCUGCCCUCCCUAACUGGAGAAAGAAUCACAACCACAGCUUCAGCCACACAGACCAUCUUUGCCUCCACCAUGCAGAUGUCUGUUCUUCUUCUCCUCGCCACAGUCCUCCUCCUGUCUUUAUUCAUUCCUACAUGCUCUUCCCAGAGUGAAGCAGACUUUAUUGUACAGACACGCAUUGGUCGAGUACGUGGCAUCCGCCUGCCAGUGCCAGACCGAAGUUAUGUCACCGCUUUUCUGGGCAUCCCCUUUGCUGAACCACCAGUAGGGAAACGCCGUUUCCGUCGCGCUGAGCCCAAGCGUCCAUGGACAGGGGUGUAUGAAGCCAGCGCCUACCCCAAUGCCUGCUACCAGUCUGUGGAUACGUCAUUCCCUGGCUUCCAAGGCAUUGAGAUGUGGAAUCCCAACAGGGAGAUGAGCGAGGACUGCCUGUACCUCAAUAUCUGGGUGCCUUCCUCACCUAGACCACACAAUCUCACUGUCAUGGUCUGGAUCUAUGGUGGAGGGUUCUACAGUGGUUCUUCUUCUCUGGAUGUGUAUGAUGGUCGUUACCUAGCUCACAGUGAGAUGGUAAUUGUGGUUUCCAUGAACUACCGGAUUGGUGCCUUUGGCUUUCUCGCUCUACAUGGCACUUCUGAGGCCCCUGGCAAUAUGGGUCUGCUGGACCAGAGGAUGGCACUACAGUGGGUACAAGACAAUAUCCAAUUCUUUGGUGGAAACCCCAAGCAGGUGACUAUCUUUGGUGAGAGUGCUGGUGCUGCUUCAGUAGGAUUCCACCUCUUGUCUCCAGGUAGCCGGCCUACCUUUACCAGAGCCAUCCUCCAGAGCGGGGUUCCGAACUGUCCCUGGGCCUCAGUCAGCCCCGCUGAGGCCCGCAGGCGGGCCACACUGCUAGGCAAGCUGGUUGGCUGUAAUGGAGGCAAUGACACAGAGUUGGUGGACUGUUUGCGCAAUAAAACUCCGCAGGAGCUCGUUGACAAUGAGUGGCAGGUCUUGCCCUGGUCAGCCCUUUUUCGGUUUUCAUUUGUCCCUGUUGUGGAUGGAGAGUUUCUACCCGACACUCCUGAGACCAUGGUCAACUCUGGCAACUUUAAAGACACUCAGAUCCUCCUUGGGAUCAACCAGGAUGAGGGCUCCUACUUCCUGCUGUAUGGAGCACCGGGCUUCAGCAAGGACAAUGAAAGUCUCAUCUCCAGAGAGGACUUCCUGGAAGGUGUCAAGCUGAGCGUACCACAUGCUAAUGAUAUUGGCCUGGAGGCGGUGGUGCUACAGUAUACCGACUGGAUGGAUGAGAAUAAUGGGGUGAAGAACCGUGAUGCCAUGGAUGACCUUGUUGGUGACCACAACGUUAUCUGCCCACUGGCUCACUUUGCUCGUUCUUAUGCUCAGCACCAUGCCCUUAAGACUAAUAUGGGAGGAGCUAGCUUCGGGGUGUUGAACAGUGGAGGAAACUCACAGGGAGGAGUCUACCUCUACCUGUUUGACCACCGAGCAUCCAACCUGGCCUGGCCAGAGUGGAUGGGUGUGAUCCAUGGCUACGAGAUUGAGUUUGUCUUUGGCCUGCCCCUGGAGAAAAGACUCAACUACACCCUAGAGGAGGAAAAACUGAGCCGACGUAUAAUGAAGUACUGGGCCAACUUUGCACGAACUGGAAAUCCCAAUGUGAACCAUGACGGGCUGAUGGAUGGCAAAAAGCGAUGGCCUGUGUUCACUGUCAAUGAGCAGAAACAUGUUGGACUCAACACUGAACCACUGAAGAUCCACAAAGGUCUAAGGAACCAGAUGUGUGCUUUCUGGAACCGCUUUCUGCCCCGCCUCCUCAAUAUCACUGACAAUAUAGAUGAGGCAGAGCGUCAGUGGAAAGUGGAGUUCCAUCGCUGGUCCUCCUACAUGAUGCACUGGAAGAGCCAAUUUGACCACUACAGCAAGCAGGAGCGCUGCACUGACCUCUGAGAAAUGAGAGAAUGCCAGGGAGGAUAGAGGCAGAGACAACAAGUUAUGGCCAUUUUCCUUCAUAGCCCUUCAGUGAAGUCUAACUUCAUUUAUUUAUUAUUAUUAUUUUGCGUGUUGGUUUGUUUUCUGUUACACUACACACACAAACACAGGCACUCAAUCUUUAUUUAUAUUAUUUAUACUAUUUAUUUAUGUGUUAUUUUUUUAGAAUUUGUGUGCAUGGAAAUUAAGGGCUAUGGAGGGAAUUUCUCAUCAGCAUGAAGGAAUAUUAGAAAUGUCAAAGAUGUGUCAUUACCUUGGGGAUAUGCGUGUGUCUGUGUGUUGGAAGCCCUCAGUUUAACUUGGAUUUCAACAGGCUUGUGACACUGCACUACUGCUGGUUUACUGUUGACUCACUUGUCUUUGUGUUAAUCUCAUAAACACCACUUUUGUUUUCUGAGGAGUCUUUUCUUUCCAAUAUGUCAGGGUUUUGUUUUUUUGGACUCAACAGCUGCUGUAUUUCUGCCUCCUGUUUCUGUUGAAGCCCUCAGUACUAUUAUGUACUACCUGCUGUGUUCAGCUUCACUUUGUCUUGUGUAUUUUUUAUGUCAUAAAGCCAGAAUAUCCAAGUCUGUUUUGGUUGACAAUAUUCCAUGGACACAUUACCCUACAUUUCUCACUUUAUGCUUGCUUGAUGUGAUAUGCAGCUUUGUAAGUUCGGUCCUUCCAUUUCUGCCAUAGAAUUCACAUGACAUAAAAUAGCAUUAAAGGUCCCUUUAAAUCAAGCAGAAACAAGUCCUAUUAAUGUUAAUGUUAAUGCCCUGUCAGCAGGUUAGUGGCAUAUUUAUCACUAUCAAAUCAAAUCAAAUUUAUUUAUAUAGCACUUUAAAAACAACAUCCAGUUGACCAAAGUACUUUACAU